GACAGACAGACAGGCGGUAGAAAACAACGGACCGACCAACAGACGAACAGACGAACGGACAGACAGAUAAACGCGCAGGCUGUCAGUCGGACACAAGUCGGCUUGUGGCUUCGUUCGCGAAACAGAACUUUGGACAUAUUAACAUCUGUUGAUUGAAGGACACAGCUGUAACAGUACUUUGAGCACAAUCUGCUUAACAAUGCUUGUCAUAGCCAACAAGACACUACUUGUCACAAUUCCAUCGUGGUAACCAACGACUUGACAGAGACGGGCAUCAAAACUGUCCCUUCCACUCCCCACAGUUCAGACUUUACUCCCUUUGAGUUGAGGAUAAUCUCCAAACUGAAGGAGAACUUCAGGGACAGUUGUUUUGAAGAUAGUAAGAAGAAAGAUGUAGUGACAAGGCUCCUGGGACAUUCACUUUGAAAGACUACCAAGGGGACUUCACGAAGGCUACAGCAAGUACACUGAAGUCAGCGGAUACUACAUCGAAGGAGAAUGGAGUUUUGUAUAUAUGUUGGAAAUGCACCUCGUAUACAAUGUGACGGGAUUGGUCAUUUCUAAAGCACUGCUCAAAGAAAAAGGUGGAAGUCAAAUUUAAAAGUUCAAAUCAAACAGAUAUAAGCAAAAAAGAAAGUUAAACCAGAAAAGAAAAAGUGAAUCUCAUCAAACAGAUCAAGUGGGAUGUAUUUAACUCUUUGAUGCUUGAUGCCCGUAACUUGACUCAUUGGUUCAAAGGAAGAUGUCAUUUGCAACCAUAACUUUGCUAUUUUCUUUACUUGUAUGUACCAUUCAGUUGAGUAAUACUGCAGAAGAGAAACCCUCUUAUUGGUACCCACAUGACUAUCCAAACCCUCGAAAAGAACAGGCAAGAUGUGGACGAGAACUGACGAAACCGUCUUGGCUUUGUGAUCCUGAUAAGCUUUUAACGGAAAAAGAAGCCAUGGAGGUGGACAAGUUGAUAGCCAGUGUACGCACGAAGACCAGAUGCCCUUGUUAUAAAUGUGUCAACAAAAACAAAGGAUAUUUAAUCAUGGUUGCCUUGAUGGGAAAGAUGUACCGAAACGUCCGCAACAAGAAUGAUAGCGAAGAACGUUUAUUUCAAGACAGCAAAAAGUUCGCUACAAAACUGAUGCGGCGCUGGGGAGGACGAAGCAUGUGUGAGGAAUUCGUUAUUAUUCUAUAUUCCAAAGCUGAUAAUGUCCUUUACACAGUGACUGAAAAAAAUGCUGGAAAAAUACUCAAUGAAACAAUGGUCAUGAAAGAACAGGACUAUGUUAAAUGGUACUUUGGUUCUGAAGAUGUUGGUAAUGGUUUGGUCAUGAUGAUCGAAGAUUAUCGGGAUAUGUUUUUGAAGAAAUUCAAAGAGCGUCCCGUGGAGGACUUCAUGAAAGCCGAUGCGGAACCAGUUGUUCAGGAGAAAUCAGAAGCAAAGAGUAAUGCCAUCCAAAAUAAUAUCAGACAGUCUAUGUCAAAGUUAUUUUUAGGAAUAGUUCUUAUAUUGCUGUUUUCUUGGAAUUAAUAGGACUCAAAAAAUUUGGCAAAGUAAAAAUCUUGCAGUUGCGAAAAUAUUGGAAACAUGGCAUUCUAGUUUUGAACCACGGUAACAACAAAGCAUUCUUCAAAGCUAAGCUUUAUUCUUAUUGUGCUCGUUAUUUUCUUAUGUUUCUUCAAGGUGGCCAGCUAACAGAAUCGUUAGCACGAUGACCAGGGUGCUUGGCUGCAUUUCUGUCCGUCUUUACGUUCUGAGUUCAAAUUCCACCGAGGCCGACUUUGCCUUUCAUCCUUUCGGGGGUCGAUGAAAUAAGUACCAGUUGACUACUGGGGUCGAUGUGAUCGAUUUAACCCCCCCUCCCACAUAAAUUCCAAUCCUUGUGCUUAAAAUAGAAAUGAUUAUUUUGCUGUAUUUUCAAUUCAUUUAUUUCUUGUGGUGUCUGUUGAUGUUUGUGAAUCCGUUAUUCUGACUGUUCGUAUUGCCAUUGUUGUUAUUAUUGCUGCUGUUACUGUCCUUGUUUUAUAUACUGUUGUUGUUAGUGAUGAUGAUGUUAUGCGUGUUGCUGAUGUUCUAUUUAAUGCUAUAAUCUUGCUCUUGGCCAAUUCAGACCACAAACACAAUUUUUAUUCCCAUGAUACCACUGAUUUCACAGUGUUCUGUUUCAUUUGCCUCGCAAGACAUACAACUUUUGUGAGUGAGCAACUGGGAGGCAUUAUCAUGGGUUCGAUUUGCAAUUAGUGCCUUAUAUUAUGAAAGUUCGCGGCCAGCUGAGGACAAGUUCCUAAUUCGAUUCCAGGUUGUAGUUUUAGAUUAUUUUUUUUUCAAUUAUCUGAUGUCAUUAAUAUUCUUAAGAAAGACAUUAAUGACAAUAAUAUUUACGGUUUGGCUCUAAUGUAAAUAGGAGACCGUCAUAAAACAAGUCAUUAUCGUAAUUGUAUUCGGUGGAGGAUUCUCGAUAAUUGUAUCUAGGCCGCGGUUUCAGCCCCUUGUUAGAGUUUAUUACAGUAAAUGCUUACGUCAAAUAUUCCCUUGGUAAAUUUAUCAUUGCCCACCAUUAUCAUCAAUAAAAUUAAAAUUGUUAUGUCAAUGUAAGAAUGUCUACAAUAUGCACAGUAGAGUAAGAAACGAUAAACUUCAGUGGGCGAGAUUUUCUUCUAGGUUUCGAAUCCUGCUUCAGAUUAUUUCAUUUUAUUUACUCCCUUUUAAUUUCGUUGUUGAAAGAAAGAACGUCACGAUUUUCCGUUUCCCAUUUUGCGCUAAGUUUGAGAUUUUCGACGACGUAAGAAAGUAGUAUUGAGGGAGACUUCAGAUCAAAAACGAAAGUUUCCUAAAUCAAAAGAAUGAGCCGGAAAUCAGAACUGCCUUGGAUAAAAGUGUUGUAGGUCAAAAGAGCUUUUGGAAAGAGCUGAAGUUUAAAAACUCUGUGGGAACUGCCUCAGAUCAAAAGUUUUCUGCUCCCAGUUGAAGGUGAUCUCUUUCAUUUAAGCCUUCAAUGUAUUUCAAAAUGAAAGUAAAACGAACAUCACACAAUUGUUUUCUCCCCUUCAUUAAUCAUUUAUGUAUUGAGCCUUAAGCCUAAGAGACAAUUCUAGUGAUUGGUCACAUUCUUUCUUCCGUUGCUGACGUUAAACUGAAUCCUUGAUUAAGGAACGUGUUUAUCUUAAAGUAAAAUAAUGACUUUUCAAUAAAUGAUGUCAUGAAGCUGGUAUAAGUUCCAAUUUAGGGUGACUUUAUUUUCUACGAUUACCCCCACCCCUCAUUCUUUGUUGAAAUAUUUCGGUAUCGUAUGUAUAGACAGAUUUAAACACCUCGUCUCUAGAUACAGUAUGAUUGUGGAUAGAAAACGAGGAGUCAGCCGGGUUAAUUUUAAUCCUGUGUCGGGACUUCAUCAGAGACUGUAUAGCCUGUCCGUGGCGAGACUACUCAGGGAAUUUCAGUUUCGUAAUCAAUCUCACACUUAUAAGUCUAAAACUGUUUUUAAAAAUUCUUAUUCUUUGUGGCGCAAUAAGACUUAUAUCUCAAAUUAACAUCACUGAAUCUCAUUUUCUCAUCUCUGUAAAUCGAAGUUUAUCUUCAUUUUAUUUUGUUUUGUUUGUACUUAGGAAAAAAAUUAAAACCAACCAGUGAAUAUACAAACAAGGUGAAUACAUCUGUCUAGACAUACAUCGACAGAUAUAUUUUGUGAUACAAUAUGGCACUGAAACAAAACUGCGUUAACAAACCAGUAAUUUAUUAAUCAGACUAGCUGUCGAAAGUGUGUUAUAUUUGCCAAUUAGUUUGUCCUAUUUAUUCCAGUUCAUAGUAAUAGCAAGUUGAUAAACAGUGUCUCGGUGGACAGAUUAAUACAGUCUCUGAUGGAAUUCCUACACAGGAUUAAAAUUAGUCCGGCUUAUCCAUCGUUUUCUGUUCACGAAAAUGCUGUAUAUACAGACUAGCUGUUUAAAUCUAUCUAUACAUAAUUCGUUGGCUACAAUGUUUUAGAGUGGGGGCGCAAUGGCCCAGUGGUAAGGGCAGCGGAUUCGCGGUUUCGAUUCCCAGACCGGGCGCUGUGUGUGUGUGUGUUUAUUGAGCGAAAACACCUAAAGCUCCUAAUCCGUUGAUUAUCUCUGGCCACCCGCCGGAUUAUUUCAACUAUAGCCGCAAAGAAGCGGGAUAGAUACCGCAAGGUAUUUUGUCCGAUGUUUUAACAAUUCUGUCAAUCCACCUGCCCGGAAUGAUACUUUAUUUAUUUGCCACGAAGCGAUGAGUUAACCUCAACGGGAUUUGAACUCAGAGAGCUGGAACAAAUACCGCAGGGCAGGGCAUUUUAUCCGACGUUCUAACAACACUGCCAGUUCACUACUUUUCAAUAUUAUUGUAUUGGUGAGUUAAGCUUCCUGGGAAUUGAACCCCUGACACAGUUUACUCGUCAUAUGUGUUUUAUUUAACUUAGCUAUUCCACUGGUAAAGGCAUGAACGCUAUAACUUCAUAAUCCCUGCUUCUCUAAACCAACGCUCAAACUACAUAGUUUUAUUUUUUGAAGAAAACAUCAUAUUUUAUUUAUUGUUGAAUUUCUUUUGUUUUAUUUUUUUCUUAUUGCUGUCAUCGUCAUUGUUGUUAAGGUUGCGGUUGUUGUUUGUUGUUCUUAUUGUUGUUGUAAUAAUAUUAAAAUCAUAGAAUUGUCUUCAUUCUUAUUGUUGUUACCGUGGUAUGUUAAUCUUGGCAGAAGUUUGCAGCUUGUAUAGUGUCGGUGCUAGCAGCUUGUUGUUAGACCAGAAAGCGUGUAUAUGUUAGUUACACAGAAAUCUUUUGACAGAAACAAACAAUCAAUAAGAGUUGGUCUGUAGUCAGAAUACAAAAUGAUUUGGCGAGUUGUGUUUGUAAUGGAGGAAACAAACUAAAUACAUAACAGAGUUUAGUCUUGUCUCUGUAGACCAGUGAUUCUCAACCAUUUUUUACCUAUGGACCUCUUUGAUUCCUGUUCUUCAUAUCCAUUCGAUGUUUUAAAAAGCCUAUUAUAUUUUAAUAAUUAAAUAUUAUUAGAAAUUCCAUCAAGAAAUUGCUAAAAUACUUUGUAUAUUGUAGAAGUAGUAGUAAUCUAUUAUAUAUAGAUUUUAACAAAAAGUCUUAUAUGGGCCCCCAAGGGUCAUAUGAACCCCAGUUGAGAACCAUUGCUCUAGACCAGGGGUCUCCCUGUCAUUUUUUUUUUAUCUAUGGACCCCUUCGUUUAAUAUUUUAUUCUGGUAGACCCCCAUAACUAUUCGAUGUUUAAAAACUAGUUGCAUAGAAACUCCUUUCACAAGUCCUAUUAACUUGUGUCGGUUGAACUAUAUAAAAUGCUAAAGAAACCUCGCUGUUUCUUGAAAUACAUACCAAUACAUACAUCGAAAGUAAAAAAUUUUCAGGGGUCCUUAAAAUAUUAUUGUGGAUCUCCACUUUGCUAUUUUGUUGCAUAGACCCCCAAAAGUCUUUUAUGGACCCUCAAGAGUCAUAUGGACCCUGGUUGAGAACCGCUGCUCCAGACUUAGAAAGCACACUAACAUCGACUUCCUGUCAACCCUUUAGAGAUAAUAAGAUAAUUACCAGUUGCACCCUGAAGUACAUAAUAUCAACUAUACUAUCUGGUACUCUUCUGUAAUCCUUAUACGUUUAAGAAAGGCUUCGUUAACCCUUUUACUGCAAACGCAGCUAUAUCCACUGAAAAUGUCAUUGCCCUUAACUGGGGAAAGUAGUUUUAUAUACCAAUCUAUCUUCUGUUGGUUGAGAUAACGUCAAGUUUACUGAUAACGAGACUUGAAGAAAGUACCAGUUCGUCUUUUGGUAGAUAUUUAACAUCAUUACAAAAAUAACCAUGGAAUUCAAUUUCGUAGUGAAAGGGUUAAACCAAGGAGAAAGCCUCUCUGUGAUUACUCGACCUGAUAGAGAUGGCAGCGGCGCAAAUCUCUCUGAAAUUACAGCCUACUGUCUUUAAAAAAAGGGGAGGGGGAUA